UAUAUAUAAAUUAUAUUUUAAUCGAAUAAAAUACAAAGUUCAAUAAUUUAUUUGAUAAAUUUUUAAAACUCUUUUAAUAGUCAAAAUAUAGUAUACCAAGUGUUUAUAUCAACGCUUGCGCGUUGUAAUAUUUUCGGAUACAUGUGUACUCAGUAUUGCAAAAUGAUUUGCAUAUGAAGAAACUGAAUAUUUCGUUCGUAGUUCUUCUUCUACAUAGUACUUCAUAGUACAAACAAUGAGUGACCAAGAUGGAAAUAAUAAUAACCUUACUUUGAGGGAAAAUUUAGUAAAAACUGCAGUGGAAUUUCUACAAAAUCCUAAGGUACAAAAUAGUCCUAUAGGACGUAAACAAGAAUUUCUUCAAAGAAAAGGUUUAACUGAAGAAGAGAUUAAAAGAGCAUUCAAAUUAGCUUCUAUAGAUAUAACAAUUGAUCAAAAUGUUAAUAAUUCAAAGGAUUAUACCGUGAUUCCUAUUCCACAAGGUCAUAUGUAUCCGUGCUUUCAACAAAUAUAUCCAUGCCAAAUAACUAUUUUCCAAAGAAUAAAAGAAUUCUUCAAUGCUACUGCCUUAAUUGGUGUUACUAUAUAUUGCGUAUAUUGGUUCUAUAAGAAAUUUAUUGAACCAUUGCUAUUUGGCCGGAAAAAGAAAGAUAGUAUAAAAGAUUCAGUCACUGAGUUAGAUAAGAGUAUUCAAAAUUCUAUGAAAGAAGUAAAACAAUCCAUUUCAAAAGUCGAGGAAGAUGUACAAAAAUUGACACAAAAUCAAUCUAUGGAUCCAAUGAUACCUCAAUUGGUACAAGAAUUGAAACAAGAUUUAGCUAGUCUCAAAUCUUUACUUUUAUCAAGAAAACAAUUUCCAAGUGCACCAACAUCAGUGCCAACAUCUAUAUCUAUACCAACAUGGCAAUUAGAUGCUGCAGGUACAAGUCAAGAAAAAGCAACUGAACGAGAAGAUGAUGCUGGAAGUGGAAGUAGCGCUAAUAACUCGGAUAGUUCUCUAGAAAUGAUCCGCGAAGAUCCACCUAAGAAAAGUCUAAAGGAAUUAGUGUUUGUUCCGCAUUGAUUAUUAGCGUCGAUGUUCCAUCUCUGCUGUUAAAGGCCUCACAUAUUGUUUAAUAAUUUUUAUGAAAAUAAAAAAUUAAAUACAAAA